AUGGAAAGCACGUCUUCGAACAGCGGUAGGAGUCAUUUCGAUCUCGGAAUUCCCGACCCGAACAAUUCGGCAAACCACGCUGCGACUAGAGUGGAUGACAAGAGGCUAGCAGGGCUGGGACUCGAUCUGAACACGCAAAGUACGCCGGAGCAUAUCGAGGUAUUAGCUUCGCCGGCGCAAGGGGCCAAGAAGGCUCCGAUGGUAGUGGACGAAAUGGGCCGAUGGAUGAUUGAUACGCAGCGCAAGCGGCUGCAAGGGUCGUGGUUUUCCGAAGCAACAGCUGAGGGAAGCGAAAAUGGGCGUGGAAGAUGGGAGGCAGAACGAGCGUCGACUGCCUCGCUCAGCACUGCCACAGAAGCCAGCUUCACCUCACACAGCAACUCUUCAACCUGGGACAGCUCAUUUGCAGAGGUGUCGAGUCCGCCAAGUGGUGCUCCUCCGAUCCUUGCCGAAAGUCAGUUCAUCAGCACGCCCGCAUCCUCGAUCGGCUUCAGCGGUAAUUCGGAGAAGCAAGUAAGCAACGUUACUGACCCGCUUCGGUGGGCUUCCGAACGACGAUCGGAUGUGGCGACACCUGAAGUUGCUAUGCACGAUUUCAGCGAGUUCGGCCAGUCCGUCUCCAUCGAGCAAAUGGCGGAAGAACGCUGGAGGACGUGGCCCAGGUCCAGUGAUGCUGGAAUGUCCCGCGCUCGCCUAUCCACAUCGGCAGCCUCUCUCGGCUCGGCAGCCAUACCAAAUUCACUGACGGAGGAGCCACGUACUUCUUCCGACUCGUUGUCUGUCUCUACCUCGUCGACGCGAUCCAGACUGAUGGCGGAGCCGUAUAAUAAGAACAUGCGCUCUGGUCGCCCUGGUAGUAGCGCGAGUACGAGCAGUCGAAGCUCCAUCGGCAAUGCUGCUGCCCUCGAUGCUCAACAAACCAGCAGCGGUACGGGACCCACUCGACCUCGAUCGCUCAUUGCUGCAGGAUCGCUCAGAAUGUCAAGCACAACAAGAACGGGCUCAAGUGGCGGAGUGGGGCCUGACGCUAGCCAGAUUGCAGGUGAACGCGUUCCAAGCACAGCGAUGGCGCUUCGACGUGCUCGAGGAAUGUCACACAGUAUCUUUUCAUCGUCGGGCGGGAGCAGCACAAGCAGCGCGAUGAAGUCGACGAAAUCAGCAGACGCAUUCAUUCCUAAUGCAUCGUUCGGUGCCCACGCAGCAAGCUCUAAACACAGUGCUGCACUGCCACGGUCCGCAACAAGCCUCGAGGGCUCAAGGAUAGUCUUGCAGAAGCCGGAUUCCAUACUCGGUACUUCGUCGUACUCGGACUCGUCGCGACCACUCGGCGCUGAACACAAGACAAAAGCCAGAGUCGGCUUCAACGAGGUCUCCGCAGCUGUAGACACGCUUCGUAUGUUUCUCAAACAGAAAAGCGAUAACGAGGUAGCCAACAGUCUCGACGAGUCGCCUAAGCAGAUUAAAGAAGGGAGCUCGCCUAGUAAGCCGAGUCGCACGCUACGUCGAGCAAAAGGCGUCCUGCCUCCAAGAGGAGCCGUUUCUCACGUCGACGAAUUUGGAUCACUGCAAACCAUUGCGUCGCCAUCGAACGUAUCUCUAUCAAACGACGUGUCAGGCCCACCACCUGUCCACCACCAUCGGAGCCAGAGCCUAGGGGGCCCGUUUUCGCUACCGAAACACGCAACCCCGCCAUCUCUCGGGAGGCAAGACGACAAACUCGCCGUGCUCGAAGAUCUCUCUGAACGUGUCAUGCGCCUGAAAGCCAAGACAGAGAUGGAAAGGGAAAGGCACGCGGCUGCAAGCAUGCCACCUCCCACAGCUCGGCCAGCGUCGAUGAUGCACCAGCGAACGCAAAGUUCCAUGACCCGUCGGGAGAUGCACGAGGAAUACCUUCGAAAGCGUGCUUCAGACACGUAA